AUGCCCGGAACUCCCUCUAGCACGGGCUGCGAGGCCUGUAGGAGGCAGAAGAAACGGUGCGACAAAGUCCAACCAAAGUGCGGCCGAUGCAAACGACUAUCCAUCAAUUGUGUUGGGAAUGGCGUCAAGCGAUGGAAGUUUCAGUCUUUUGGAGUUGAGGAUCAACGCCUGACUCCAACACCGAGACGGAGUCCCAGCAAUGGCAAGACGAGAGUCGCAUCGUCGCUCGUUCACAUCCUCGGCAUCGAAGACAUUCGAUACGAUCUCCGCGCCUUUGGAGGCAAGCUCAUCCCCGAUCUUCCUCAACAACUGGGCUCCAGUCCAGCCCUCGAUGCCUGCGUAUCCGCCAUGGUCGCACUAUACAGAUCUCGUCAAUACCAACAAUCCAAGGUGGAUGCUCUGUCCAAGUACGGCGAAGCUCUGGCCGCGACUCGAAAGUCAAUACAAGACCCUUCAGAACCUGUCGUCACAAAGAUGCGCACAGUUUCUGUCAUGUACAUUUGCCAUUCUUGGCUGGACCGCAAACACGCUGAGCAGCAUCGCGAAAUGAUAUCACAUCUAUUCCGUGAAGCUGUUGAAGCUGGAAAAGCAGAGGAUAUUGAGCCAGAAUACUUCCAGGGACUGACUCAAUUAGCAGUUCUAGCAAACAUUCUCAAUCCAAGGUUCGAGUUGGGCCCAUGGUUUUGGAAUGCCUGUAAAAACACUGGCACUCCUCGUCCUGUCCGGUACCACCAAGGUGCAUUUUUGAGUCUGGAGCCCACAACUAUGGCAGAAGCGGCAAUCUACAUUCGCUCGCCGAGGCGUUACCAGUAUCAGCUUCGGUGCAUGUACAAUCUUGUACAGUCCGAAAAGGCAAGAAUCCGCCAGCUCGUCACAUUUGCAACAAUGGCCACCAUGAUGCCUAAAGCACCACCCAUGGCUAUGAGAGUCCUGUCCUCAUACCGAUUUGCGUGGGGGUUGCUCUUGGGUCUGGGAUCCAUUCUGAACCAUGUUCUACGGAUAUUCGACCACGAUCUAGAUCUUCUUACCGAAUCACAUCAAUAUGUCGACGAGGCCAUAGUGUUGACAGAGCAGACUGCUCCCAGCCGGCCCAACGGCGCUGCAUUUACACCAGACUACCUCAAGAUGGUCUGGGCGUCCAUCACAGACUCUUACCGAUCUGCCGAGAUAGAGGCGAUUCUACUCGACUAUGAAAAUGACGUAGAGGGCGCUGAGUAUCUAGAAGAGGCUCUCGCCAUGAAGAGGAGGCUCUACCGGAUGGCAAGACGCGAGACACAAUUUCAGGUGCAAACACCACCGGAAGUACCGAUGAUGGGAUGCAUGCAGGAUCCAUUGGAUGAUAUGCGGGUGCAUGAUAUUGGAGCGCCGAGCGAGUGUGUGAUACUUUAG